GGGGAUUUUCAAUCUCAUAAAUUACGCUCGCGACAAAUGAGAGUAGUGAGAAAAGUUUUUAAGCAUCGGGUCAGUACCAGCUUGUGUCAGACAAGCUUGGUGAUACGAGCUGAUUUUUCUGGACCCCUGCUGCCUAGAAAGUCACACACAGAACUUGUUCAACCAAGGUGCGGGGUUUCCCUCAGUGAUUAGUCCGAAGUAGAGACUUCAAAAUUAAUCGCGGACUGUAUCUGGAACUGAACCGUCGAUUUGAUCCAAACUUGGCAGAGCUCUUGGGUAAUCAGCAACCCUUAGCACUCCUACGCGCCUGAGAACCUCUCACAUUUUAUAGUCGCGGUUUAUAAACUCGCUGUGGACCCUAACAGCGGGAAAACAAAUAACCAUCCCCCGCUCCCCUUUAGCAGAAGCGUUCUAUUGAACCUUUCCCAAUCGCUGGAAGGAUGAGGGCGAUCUGGAGGCUGGCGGGCAGAGAGCAGCUCAGACUCGUCCUUUACUGUGCUGUCAUGUUUCUCAAAGUGGACGCGGGCAAAUCGGAGCAGGGCAAACCGUCUGACACUUUCUGCAUGUUCGAAGACAAGAAAUACCGGAUGGGAGAGAGUUGGCACCCCUACCUGGAGCCCUACGGGUUCGUCUAUUGCAUAAACUGUCUUUGCUCUGAGAAUGGGCGCAUAACCUGCAACCGGGUGAAGUGCCCGAACGUUCACUGCUCCAACCCCGUGACUGCCCCACAGCACUGCUGUCCCCACUGCUCAACAGAUGAGCAUCACAACCCGGCGACUGUUAAAAUCACUGGCAAAUCCUGUGAAUAUAACGGCACCACCUAUCAGCACGGGGAGAUGUUCGUGGCCGAGGGGCUCUUUUUGUCGCGGCAUCCUAACCAGUGUGCACAAUGUAGUUGCUCGGAAGGAAAUGUGUACUGUGGCUUGAGGACCUGUCCGAAGCUGACUUGUCCAUUUCCAAUGACCGUCUCUGACUCUUGUUGUCAAGUUUGCAGAGGAGAAGGAGAGUCCUGGGAUACAGAUGCAGAAAUAUUUCGGCCACCAUCCAAUAGAGAAGCGAGACAUUCAUAUCCACGGACACAGUAUGAAUCUCGGGGAAGUUUCGGAAGUUCUAUUGCCAGUUUGCCCAAAGCGUCCGGCUCCAGGAAUCACCUCAGAUUGUUAACUGACCCUCAGCAGGGAUCUGGCACCAUUGUGCAAAUAGUAAUCAACAACAAGUAUAGGCACAGCCGAGUGUGUGUCUCGAAUGGAAAGACCUACUCACAUGGAGAGUCGUGGCAUCCAAUUCUGCGCCCCUUUGGACCAGUGGAAUGUGUGUUGUGUACGUGUAACAUAACCAAACAGGAGUGCAAGAAGAUCCAUUGUCCAAAUCCAUAUCCGUGUAAAGAUCCACAGAAAGUCAAUGGGAAAUGUUGCAAAAUUUGUCCAGUCCCAGAGGUAUCGGGCCUUUCUCAUGAGAACAGUAAGGAAGUGGAAUGCAGUAAAGAGACUGUUCUUGUUUACGAGUCACUCUUCACACAGGAUUCUCAAAAGUACAGCAAGAAAAUUGCUAUAAUGGCUGAAGAUCUUCCAGAUGUAGAGGUCCAUGUCUGGACUCCAGUAAGGGGUGUUGUACACCACAUAAGCAUGGAGAAAAUACCAAGGAGAGACUUUGAGAAGCAGCUCAAACUUGGAUUUUUCAAAUUUUUCACACGGACAACUCAGAGUCGAUGGAAAAAUUUCGAGGGUGAAGAGCAAAUCAGCGAGCAAUGUAUGAACGAAGGAUGUAAAGCAGAGUUAGAAGACUUGCUGAAAGCUUUACAACUGAACAAGUCAGAGAAGGCACACUGCGGAAGUAGGGAGGAAUAGGGGUGGAAGAAGGUGAUGAGAUGCAAUGUUAGAUGAAACAAUUCUGUUCCUGGCCUGUAGCUGGACUGCAGUGUGGCUCUGUUGAAAGCAAGAGCACCCUGAAGAAGAAGAUGUGUAUCACAGGAAAAAGUUACGAAAGUGAAAUCUUUGUACAUUCUUUCUUUACAGAAAGUGCCUUGGAGAUGAAAAGAGAAAGGAGGGUGGGCCGAGCAUGUAUUUAUUUGUAUUAUAAAACACUAUUGAAAUUACCUAUGUGAUCUUAAUUCUUAGAGUGCAAUUAGCCUACCUACCAAUGUAUGUACAUUACUAUCCAUCACAUGUAAUGCAUAACUUGAUUGUAUGUAAAGUUUCUUUCUUUAUCAAAUAAGCCUGCAAAAUACAUUGACACUAACCUUGAAGGCAUUUGUACUUUAUUUAUGUACUGACGUUGUUCCAUGCUUCUUUUUUUGAAACUAAUAAAAUAUAACCAGU